AUGGCAUCCCCAGGGGAGCCUUUCACCGCAUCUUCUCGUCGCAUUUCUGGACACACACAUGUCCUUUUGAUCACUACUGGGAGUGUUGCGUCGGUCAAAGCGCCCCUCAUCGUCAAGGAACUGCUCUCUUAUAGAAACGUAUCCAUACAACUUGUGGCUACCACUCCCUCUCUCACCUUCUUCAAUCCCAAGAGUGUUCGGGAGUAUGGGGUGAGCGUCUGGACCGAUGAACAGGAAUGGAACCAAGAUUAUCGCAUUGGAGAUCCCAUUUUGCAUAUUGAACUGCGGCGAUGGGCAGAUGUUGUGCUCAUCGCGCCCUGUUCAGCCAAUACGCUCGCGAAGAUUGCGAAUGGCAUAUGCGACAAUCUUGCUACUUCCCUUCUUCGUGCCCUGUCACCCUCAGUACCAACCUACAUAUUCCCGGCUAUGAAUACUCUGAUGUAUGAACAUCCGUUGACUUCGCAACAUCUGCGCAUCAUCCGUGAAGUUAUUGGAUAUAACAUCGUUGGGCCGGUCUCAAAAGGUCUUGCAUGUGGUGAUAUCGGAAUUGGCGCGAUGCUGGAGUGGAGGGACAUUGUACGCGUCGUCGUCGACCGUUUUGAUCUUCUGAAGCAGUGA